UUUAGAUUCUGCAAAUCAAAAUGCCACAGAAACUUUAAAAAGAAGCGAAAUCCCAGAAAGAUGAGAUGGACCAAAGCCUUCCGGAAAGCAGCUGGCAAAGAAUUGACAGUGGAUAAUUCAUUCGAGUUCGAAAAACGUAGAAAUGAACCAGUGAAAUACCAGAGAGAGUUGUGGAACCAGACCGUUGAUGCAAUGAAGAGAGUGGAGGAAAUAAAGCAAAAACGCCAAGCGAGAUUUAUUAUGAACAGAUUAAAGAAGAGCAAAGAGUUGCAGAAGGCAGAAGACAUCAAAGAAGUCAAACAGAAUAUCCACCUUCUUCGUGCUCCACAUGCAGGCACGCCAAAGCAGCUGGAGGACAAAAUGGUGCAGAAGCUCCAAGAGGAUGUGACUAUGGAAGAAGACUCCUAAAAUGCUUUCAUUUUCUAUUUAUAUCUCUUAAACAGUUGACAGCUCCUUAGUGCCUCACCCGACAUCGUUCAGAACUGUGCUUACGGUUGAAAAAAAAAAAAAGAGGUUUUAAUGUAUAAUGGUCAUGUACAGUUUGAAUUAUUUUUGGUUUUAUAAAAAAUAAGAUGGUUACAGGUUUGGGUAGAACUUAAAAUUAUGCAAUUUGAGAAAACCUUGUCAGCAGGAUGGAGAAUAAGGCGUAUUGUUUGUG